AUGUCUUUUUCUUCUUUCUAUGUCCAGCUCCUUCAUAAAUCAUAUCAUAACUCAAUCGAAGUAGAAGAUAAUCACGGCGAAGAGUUUCUUUCUGUCUUUGUUCGUUACAUUUCUUGUGAUUCGCCAUAUUUUUUUUUUACUUCCUUUUGCCGCCUUUUCCCUCCAUAUUCAUCAUCGCUUCUAUGUGCUUUUUUUCCUUUUAUUUAUUCAUCUAUUUUGAUCGUUUUAAUUCGGAUUCUUUUUUUUUCUUAUAAUUAUUUGUAUCUCCAACAUAAGCCCUUCCUCUACGUCUUCUUCUUAUUAUUCAAUUUAAAUAUUUAUUUCACUUGUGCCCACAAUCAACAACUAUUCCUCCAUCUUUGUUUUGUUCCUUUUUUGUCUUUUUUAUCAUCAAAAUCAUCUUCUUCUACUUCCCUUUCUUCUUCUUCUUCUUCUUCUUCUUCUUCUUCUUCUACUUCUUCUACUUCCUCUUCUUCUUCUUCUUCUACUUCUUCUACUUCCUCUUCUUCUUCGUCUUCUUCUUCUUCUACUACUACUCCCUCUUCUUCUUCUUUUCUUCUUCUUCUUCUUCAAUUUACAUAUUUAUUUCACUUGUGCCCACAAUCAACAACUAUUCCUCCAUCUUUGUUUUGUUACUGUUGUUCCUUUUUUGUCUUUUUUUAUCAUCGUAAUCAUCUUCUUCUUCUUCUACUUCCUCUUCUUCUUCUUCUUUUCUUCUUCUUCUUCUUCAAUUUAAAUAUCUAUUUCACUUAUGCCCACAAUCAACUACUAUUCCUCCAUCUUUGUUUUGCUACUGUUUUUCCUUUUUUGUCUUUUUUAUCAUCAUCUUCAACAUCAUCAUCAUUGUCUUCUUCUUUUUCUUCUUCUUCUUCUUCUUCUUCUUCUUCUUCUUCUUCUUCUUCUUCUUCUUCUUCUCGCAACUCCUUUUCCCAAUUCUACUUCAGUGAUUAUCCUUCGACAUUUUCCCCCUCCUUAGGCAGCACCUUAACGUUAUUCUUAUCAUCCGUAUUCUAA